AUGAAGCAGCCUUCAUCGCCAAAGAGAUCUACCACACCUGCACAAAAUGUUAUGGAUGAUGUAGAGAAGGCCCUUGAUGAUUUAGAAGAAUUCAAUCCAAUCCUAAAUGACCCCUUAGCAGAAGAAAAGCUUUGCAUGGAGAACGUAUGCCAAUGCCUAAACGAUUGUUAUUCACUCAUUAAGCAAUUUACCGAAGGCGAAGAGGAAUUCAACGUGGUGCUUAUUGAUCAAUCAUUGGAGUGUUUUCAGUUAGCAGUUUCGUUGCUUGGUGUUGAUCUUGAUCCAAAGAGGAUUAAGGAAGUGGCUUUUUGCAACAGCAGUCCUUCGUUUCUCACCAUGAUUCUAAAUUACAUAUCUCUCGAUCUUUCCAAUAUUGAAAACGCCCCUCUCUCAACAUUUAGUAUCAAUGAAAUUGUAAAGAUUUUCAUUAAUUUAAAGAUAUAUGCUUUGAAAUGUCUUGCCAAGCUUAUAUCUGUGUGUUCAUUAGAACCCGUAAACGAUGAAUCAAGAGAGGAAGAAUUUAAGGAGCUGUCUAGGCUUUGUGCUGAAUCUUUGAUUCAGCAGGAAGGCCUAACUAUUCUCUUUGAGUGUUUGGUCAUUCCAGCAGGAGAUGUACCUGACGAGCCUGUCAUGCUUACUGAUGAUAGAAUAAGACUACUUGUAGUGGAGUGCUUGUUCGUUCUUGUUUGUAGAAAUGAAAUUGCGAGACUUGCAGUAGUUUUUCAACAGGGAUUGCUUCUGAUUAUGGAAUUAAUGACUCUUGAACCUGUCCCUCUUAUUAGAAGUUACUACAGCGCAAUUCUAAGGGAGUUUAGUGUUUCAUUUGCUGAAGACCUUAUCAAAGAAAAUUGUAUUGAUCACUGCCUGUUAAUGAUGUCGAAAGACAAUAACGAUGAUGUUAGAGCUCUAAGUUUGGAGACAUUGGAAUCCUUGUUUAAAAGUGACUUUUCAAAAUUCAAAGAGCUUUCAGUGAGUGAUUUCUCUAAAUUACUUUUCACCAAACUAAAUUAUGAGAGUCCACAAGUCAUCCAGUCAUGUUGCAAGUUGUGUGAGACCCUGUUCAAAAUGGAUAACGAAGCCUCCAUUCAUGAAGAAUUUAUCCGAAACAAUUAUUGGACGGCAUUUGCAAGCGUGGUGAACCGUAGUGAUAUUCGAACAGCAUCUAUUGCUUUGAAAUCGCUAAGAUGCUUUUUUCAAAGUACACCCUCUGAUGAAACUGUGACACAAAAUAUUCUGGAUAAUUAUAACACUAUUGCGUUCCUAAUGUCGCUUCUUCUAGACAACACUUUCGAGAAAAUUAUAAAAACUCAGAAGGACAGGAAAAGCAAAACCGACAAGAAGAAGAGGAUAGACAAAAGAACGUUCCAAAGAGGAGCAACACGCAGCAAUCCAAAGGAGAAUGAUUUCGACAGCCUUUCAUCAAAACUUGCAAAUUUGGAGUCUACUCUCUUGUUGGGAGUUGUUAUGGUUAAAAGUACAAAAGUAAGACAAAAGAUUAAGGACGACCUUAGACCUGGAUCUGCCUCGCUCCUAAAAAAGAGAAUGCUUCUGAGUCUUGAACUUGCAGAAGAAGAGUAUUUCUCGGAUUUGAUCCUCAGAGAUGAUAAGGGGGAUGAUCUCACUAAAAAAAUUGUUCUCAAAGAAGCAAAUGAUGGUACAAAUUCUAGUGUGGAAUACAUCAUUACGGACACACCCUCCGAUCAUAUGAGCAGCAUCAUUACGAAUGACGUGGACGGGUCUAUUAAGCUACUAAUUCUACGGCAAAUCAUUUCAAAAACACUCUCAAUACCAAAACCUAGUAAGAGCGUUGCAAAUGACAGCAUGAACACAAGUGUAACCCAAAUUUCGUCGGACAACGAGGGUAGCCCUCGUCUAAAUCGAAAAGCAUUCACCAAAAAGACUCCCGAACCAAAAAGAAAUGCAUCUCCGCCCAAAUCAAAAACUCCAAAAACGCCCAACUCGCCAUUGAAUAAGUCAGAAGAAGCUACAGAAACCGAAGUGGAUCUACCUCCAAUCAUUCCUGUGUCAAUUCUUUCUCCUCAAGAUGGAGAAGAGUUUAUGCCUGGUUUCUACGGUCAGCCAAUGGAUAACGUCCCAAAAGGAGAUAAACCAGACACAAUGUUUGGGUGUGAGCAGAAAUACCUAAUUAAUAACCUUAGAACCAGCUGUGAGCAUGCCGAAUUUCAUCGUCUGAUUGCUCUUUGUAAAGCUUUUUCCUUAUGGUAUGAAAGUACAGAAAUGAGGUAUCAAAGAGAAGAGGAGCAAGAUCGAUUCAUAACUGCUUUUCAACUCUCCAAGCUAGGAAAACUGUCGCCAAUGUAUAGUCCUGUAAACUCGCCAAAAGAUCCAAGAUCAAUUAAGGGUACACAUCUCUAUUAUCAAAAAGUCCCAUAUCACUUCAAACACUCACCCCAAAAAAUUGACUAA